AUGAGCCUACUCUCUUCUUCAUCAUCAUACUUGAAAUAUCCAGAACGGAAACAGUGGGAUUAUGGGAAAGGCCUCGAGCUUAGGUGGGGUGAUCAGCCUGUCCGCGUAGCUGAUGAGAAAUGGCUUUUCAUGUUUGAGACGAUCCCAAAGUCUUCGCCGAUUUGA